GGAGGCGACACAAACAAGUUCAAGUGUGUGUAACUCCUCUGUGGUUCAGGAAUCCAUCAAAGAAGAAGAGAGAGAUGGAAGGGAGUGGAUGUUGUUGUAGGAGUUUUCUUCAGAGAUGUAAGCCUUACAUUGCUAUGGUUUCCCUUCAAUUCGGGUAUGCUGGGAUGAACAUAAUCACUAAGGUCUCUCUCAACAGAGGGAUGAGCCAUUACGUGCUCGUGGUUUAUCGUCAUGCCUUCGCCACAGCAGCCAUUGCCCCUUUCGCUCUUGUUCUCGAAAGAAAAGUGAGGCCAAAGAUGACGUUUCUCAUGUUCAUGCAAAUUUUCGUGCUGGGUCUGCUCGGGCCCGUGAUUGAUCAAAACUUGUACUACGCGGGAUUGAAAUUUACUUCCCCAACGUACUCAUGUGCUCUCAGCAACAUGCUCCCUGCAAUGACAUUUGUGAUGGCUGUUCUUUGCAGGAUGGAGAAGGUGGACCUGCGAAAAGUCCGAUGCAUAGCGAAAGUGAUAGGAACCAUAGUAACAAUUGCCGGGGCCAUGUUGAUGACGUUGUACAAAGGUCAAGUCAUCAACUUUUUCUGGACUCAGUACAUGCAUCGUCCUAGAGAUUAUGCCUCAGUUAGCCCCUCUGAUUCAGCCGAAAAAGAUUGGCUUAAGGGUUCUAUUCUGCUCAUAAUUGCUACCCUUGCUUGGGCUUCUUUCUUCAUCCUUCAGGCAGUGGCGUUAAGGAAAUACUCUGCUCAGCUCUCCCUCACGGCACUAGUGUGUUUUAUGGGUACACUUCAGUCAAUUGCAGUUACCUUUGUGAUGGAACACAAGCCCUCGGCUUGGAGUAUUGGCUGGGACAUGAAUCUAUUUGCUGCAGCCUAUGCAGGAAUAAUAUCAUCAGGCAUUGCCUACUAUGUUCAAGGGAUUGUCAUGCAGAAAAAAGGGCCUGUUUUUGUUACUGCUUUCAGCCCAUUGAUGAUGAUCAUCGUUGCGGUCAUGGGAUCUUUCAUCCUCGCUGAAAAAAUCUACCUUGGAGGUGUGAUUGGAUCGAUACUGAUCGUAGCGGGCCUGUACUCGGUUCUAUGGGGGAAACACAAGGAGAACCGAGAGAAAGAAGCGGAGAUAUUAAUGCCAGAAACAACCAAAGGAUGCACACAAAACGGAAGAAUGCAAACUGUUCCGGAAGUUAUUGAAGAAAAUGACAUAGAGAUGCAGGAGGAUGGAGCUAGAAAAGAAUCUGUUCCUGCGGUAGCCAUUAGUGUUCCGAAAGCUUGAACCACUAGAGGCUAAACAGAAAACAACGUACAAUAACCGCUAUGCGAGGGGUUUUUGUACAUCACCCCUGGAAUUUUUAAUUGCAACUUUUGUACCGAAACGAGGUUUAAACUUUUUUAUUUUUUGGGGGAUUGCGUUUUGGUCAAGAGACUAGUAUGAGAUAAAUCAACUUUGUAUCCGUGAUGUAACUUGUGACAAAUUGUAAUCUUUGUUCAAAUGAGAAUCAAGAGAUUGCAGAAGCAUUCACUCUGCCUUCCCUGGCAUAUAUAAGAAA